AUGGCCGGCGUCACCGUGCUCGGCGAGCUCCCGUCCGCCUCCCUCUUCACCUUCCCGCCCAACGGCGCGCAUAUGGCCAUUCCCCCACCUUUCCCCGGGUCCAUCGCCGCAGCGCCCCCCGUCGAAAUUCCCGACAACAUCUUCACCGCCGCUCUUGACCCCAGAGUGCCCAUCACUAUUGCCACUCUCUACGCCGUUACCGUCAAGCUCCUGAACAAGUACAAUAACUCGACCAACCGCAAGCCUUGGGGAAUCAGCAAGACCAAGCCCUUCUUCGCCUUUGUCGUCUUGCACAAUGUUUUCCUCGCCGUCUACUCGGCUUGGACCUUUUGGGGUAUGCUCGGUGGCAUGCGUAGGAGCGUUGUGAGCCCCUUUGGCCCCAAUGGUCUGGCUGCCACUGCAGACAGCUUCUGCCAGCUCAACGGCAACGGAGGUUUCGGUGCCGCCACCGUCUACAAUGAGACUGUCGGUUACUGGUCCAGUUUGACCGGCAACAACGCUCUUGGCUUUGAUGGACGCCCCAGCCGUGAGGCCACUGGCAGAAUCUGGAACGAGGGACUCGCCUUCUACGGCUGGAUCUUCUACCUGAGCAAGUUCUACGAGGUUCUCGACACCUUCAUCAUUCUCGCCAAGGGCAAGCUCAGCUCCACCCUCCAGACCUACCACCACGCCGGUGCCAUGAUGUGCAUGUGGGCUGGUAUGCGCUACAUGUCCGCCCCCAUCUGGAUGUUCGUCCUGGUUAACUCCUUCAUCCACGCCAUGAUGUACACCUACUACACCAUCACCGCCUUCAACAUCCGCGUCCCCAUGGCCAUCAAGCGAACCCUCACCACUCUCCAGAUCACCCAGUUCCUUGUCGGAGCUACCUACGCAAUGGCCCACUCCUUUGUUUCUUACACCGUCCCCGUGACUGUCUAUACUGCCAAGAAGGGUGCCAAUGCCAUCACUCAGUCUUCCACCAGCACUGCCGCCGAGACCGUUGCCACUGCCGCAACAGGCGCCUUUGAGGCUCUUAAGGAUAUGGUCUUUGGCGCUUCUGCCAAGGUCGCCGAGGAGGCUGCCGCUGUCUCCGCCGCCGCCGCCGCUGCUGCCCCCCCUCAGCCCGGUUUCGUUGCUGAGACCAUCUUCGUCACCCAGCCCUGCGUCACCACCAGCGGCGAGACCUUUGCCAUCUGGCUCAACGUCCUGUACCUGGCGCCGCUCACCUACCUGUUCGUCAUGUUCUUCAUCCGCAGCUACAUCCGCCGCAGCACCGCCGCACCCAAGGGCAAGGGCAAGGCCCGCCGUGAGAGCAACGUUACUCUUGCGGAGAAGGCUGGUUGGGACGCUGCCCGCGAGGUCAACCGCGAAAUCUACAAUGGUUCUGCCUCGUACAAUGUCGAGGGCAGCCCCAAGCGCGCUGGUAACGGCAAGGCCAAGUACUAG